UUGUUGAAGAGCGAAAUUAAACCCAUUGCCGUAUCAAGUUCCGAGGAUGCUGUAGAAAUCAAACCUGAACUGCCAGUUGCUCCCACUGAGACUCCUGAAGUUGCUGCUGCCCGUGCCGCCCAUCUUGAAGCUAAAGCCUUUGAAGAAUCUCACCAGAUCAAGAAGCGUUCCUUAAGAUAUUUGGCGAACCCUCCAAUCCUGUCUACUUAUUCAGCCCUUCCAGUACCCCUUGUGUCUUCUCCAUUGUACUCUGCACCGAUAGCAGUAUCAAGCCCCGUCAUCGGCAACGCUUACAGAAUCCACUACUAA